ACGUACCCUAGUCGGAAGAGGUCGUGGAGCUUUUUUGGAUGCGACGACCCAACGACGAAUGAGCUCGAGCAUGGUCUCUUCGCAUCCCACGGCUGCUGCUUUGAUCGACGUUCCCAGGACAGACUGUGCGACUAGCUGUCGACCACAUCAACCUGCGAGCAACUCAUUUUUCAACUCGUCACCAUGACGGCGACCACGAUAUCGAGAUCGACGGACAAGACGCAAACGCACCUCCUGUUCGACCACAUUUGGCGAGUCGAUUCGGCCAACAAGAGGUUUGGCGAGUGCGCCGAUGGGAGCACGGUCGUGAUAUUGCAGCCUGGCCGGAGCCUCGUCAUGCCAUACAUCCGCAUUCCGGACGGCAUGUACGCAAUUGUCCAGCACCACGGCAAGGAUAUCGAUUACGUGCACCCCGACGGGUCGGCCAGUCCAGUGUGGCCUGCGGGGUUCCAUCGGGCGUCGAUUUUCACCAAAGUUGCCUACCUCGUGACCAAGCAGUACGUUGUGUUUGACACGCCCGUGAAGGGAUGUAAAACCGCCGACGACGUCACGGUGCAGAUCGACAUGUGCCUGGUGUUUCGCAUCACUGGGGACGAGUCCAAGGGGGAGGACCCGAACUUGGUGAAGCGAUUCGUGUACGAGAUGGGCCCGCAAGGACUGGAAACGCAGCUCCGCGACGCGCAGGAAGAAGCGGUCCGCGCGCUGGCGCGCAGUGUCCAGCACACGGAAGUGUACUCGUUGCGCGAUGGGACAGUCAAGGAACGGUUCAAGAAUGAGUUGCAGCUCCGCCCUCCGGCGCCCCUCUCCCCCGUGAACCACGACGACGAGGAGAAGGACGACGCCCCGUUGAUCGGCCCCCGCAUGGCGCUCAAAGACGCUGACACUGGCGACGAAGGGCACUGGGAAGAGCCCCCCGCGGCUCGAGUCAUUUACUGCGUCACCGAAGACAUGAAGAACAACCUGAACAAGCAGUUCAACCCGUACGGCGUCGAGAUCACGAGCGUCGCGAUCACCAACGUCAAGUUGCCGCCCAACUUUGAGUCGCAGAUGGAAGAAAAAACCACGUACACGAGCGCAAUCAAGGAGCAAACCAUGAAGCAGCAAAGCGACAUGCAGCUGCUGCAGUACCGCGAAGAGAUUGACACGACGAAAUUGUCCAAGUCGAUGAUCCGCAUGGAGGAAGAGGAGACGGGGCGACAGCAGUGCGCCGAGAUCCAGAAGCAAAUCGACAUGAUCUGUGCCAACACGCAGCUGCUUCAGACGAAAAUCAACCAAGAUCGUCAGGUCCGGUGCAGCAAGAUCGCGGCCGACGCCCAACUAGAAAUAUCCAAGCUCACGGCCGAAACCGAGAUGAUCCAGGCCGAGAUUGAUGCGGCGUGCGAGGCCGACAUCACCAAGAUCCACGCCGAGCUGCACGCGCUUCGUUUGAAAAUGGACGCCGACGUUGCGCAGAUCCAAGCGAUCGGCGAAGCGAAAGCAAAGGAAAUCAUUUCCGAAGCAGAAGGCAUCGCGUCCAUGAAACUGGCCAAACAACGCGCGUUCACACUUCAAAUGCAACGCCUCGACGUCAUGGCCGCGCUCGCCGCGAACGACCAAGUUGUCAUCGCUGGCAAUGGUUCCAACAACUUGAUGGCGGACGUAUUUGUCGCCCAGCAAAAGCACAACCUGCUCUUAAACAUCAACGGCCUGCAUGCAACACACGCGCAGUCAUAAACACCGCGCACCACAACGAGACUGGAACACUUCAAGUAUACAUAAGCGUUAAAGCAUUCUUCCCUGCAUCCACGUCUGUCC